AUGGAACCACAACAGCGCUCCCACCCGACGCCCUUCCCGAGCUAUGACCCCUACGCAACGCAUCCGCACGACAACAUACGAGCCUGGCUGGACGGCGUCGUCAUGGACGAAGAACACAAGCCGCUCGUGACCGACGUCCUCCACGCGCUCAGCGGCCUGCAGCACCCGUCGGAGACUCAUAAGACCGAGCAACCCCGCCCGAAGGUGACGGUGCGGACGAUCGGGCCCGGGUUCAUGGGACGGGCCCCGCCCUUUGCCUCCACCGAGUUCUUUGCCAAUAUCGUCGUGGUGGCGAUCUUGCUGUUGUUCGCGCCGGGGUUCACGCUUUUGGCGGCUGGGGUCUUCUUUACCUCUCGAGUUGCGGAGAGGGUGGCCAGAACCAUGCCGCACACCGGAGACGCGAACAUGGUCUCGAACGAGCAACCUGACUACUUUCAGGCCUCUCACUCGGAGUCUUCCGAAUCUUCUGCAACAGCAACCGUUGACGACAUGUACAGGCAGAUCGAGGACUUGGCUCGACAAGUCACCAACGCCUCAAGACCUCACAGCCUUCACGUCCAAGACGAUGUUCUCAACCCACCCAAAGACAGUCCCCUGAACCCGAAUUCUGCUUAUUUCGACACAGUAGCAUGGACGAAAGCAUUCAUCAGCCUCUACGAGUCGGAUCCCAGCUCCACGCCUGGGAGGCUGACUGGCGUUGCCUUCAAGAACCUCAACGUCUUCGGAUACAGCACGGGGACCCAAUACCAGAAGAGCGCUGGCAACAUCGCGCUCAGCAUCGCCUCGGAUCUUGUCGGCCUUGCAACGGGCAGAACGCAGUCUCGGAUCGACAUUUUGCGGGAUUUCGAGGGCCUCGUGGAGCCGGGCGAGAUGCUUCUUGCACUUGGGCCGCCGGGUUCAGGAUGCUCAACUCUGCUCAAGACUUUGGCGGGUCAGACCGAGGGCUUGAAUGUGUCAAAGGAUUCAUACAUGAACUUUCGCGGCAUCGAUCCAAGGUACAUGCACGACUGGUUCCGCGGCGAUGUCCUCUACAACGCAGAAGUCGACGUACACCUGGCACCCCUCACGGUCGGCGAUACACUCGAGUUCGCUUCCAGAGCCCGCGUGCCGGCAACGAUACCUGCCGGGCUGAUAAGCAAGCAGUACGCUCGCAUUAUGCGCGACGUACUCAUGGCAUCUUUUGGCAUUACGCACACACUCAACACGAAAGUCGGCGACGACUACGUUCGUGGAGUGUCAGGAGGCGAGCGCAAGCGAGUUAGCAUCGUCGAAGCUGCUCUUACAGGUGCCAAAUUCCAGUGCUGGGAUAACAGCACUCGUGGACUUGACAGUGGAAACGCCAUCGCCUUCUGCCAGAACCUCCGCACCCAGGCGGAUUUGUUGGAUGUGGCUGCCGUGGUGGCCAUCUACCAAGCGCCACAGUCUGCAUACGACUUGUUUGACAAAGUCACGGUCUUGUAUGAAGGCCGUCAAAUUUAUUUUGGCAAAAUCGAUCAAGCCAAACAGUAUUUCGAGAACAUGGGGUUCAUGUGCCCCGACAGACAGACAACUCCCGACUUCCUCACUUCCAUGACCUCCCCGAGCGAACGACGGAUCAGACCCGGAUACGAGGACCAAGCACCUAGAACAGCCGACGAUUUCGCCGCGAGAUGGAAGGAUUCACGAGAGCACUCAGCUCUCAUGAGCGACAUUUCUGCUUAUGAGAAGGCUCACCCUGCCAAAGUCCGACUAGAAGAGUUCCAGCAAAGCAUCAAAGCAGAGAGGAGCUCGUUUCAACGACUCAAGUCGCCGUACAUGAUCACCUAUCCUCGCCAAGUCAAACUCUGCCUUUGGAGAGGGUGGAAGCGACUGGUUGCAGACCCGGGGUUCACAAUCUCCUCACUGGUUUUCAACAUCAUUGUCGGCUUCGUACUCGGAAGCAUGUUCUUCAAUCUGAAAGCCGAUUCGAGCACGUUUUACUACCGCGGUGGUCUCAUUUUCUUCGCUCUUUUGUUCAACGCUUUUGCCAGCGAGAUGGAGGUUCUUACCCUAUACGCCCAAAGACCAGUCGUCGAGAAGCACAACCGCUAUGCGCUCUACCACCAAUCCGCCGAGGCCAUAUCGAGUUUCAUACUUGAGUUGCCGUACAAGAUUACUAACGUCUUCACCUUCAACUCCAUUUUAUACUUCAUGGCCAACCUCAAACGAGAACCCGGCCCGUUCUUCUUCUUUUGCCUUGUGUCGUUCGCGGUCCUUCUUGCCAUGUCUGGCAUCUAUCGAACGAUGGCUUCGUUGGCAAGGACAUCACAUCAGGCCAUGGUCCCCGUCACGCUCGUCACCAUCGGAGUCAUGAUGUACGCUGGUUUCACGGUGCCGACUUCCUAUAUGCAAGGCUGGUCGCGCUGGAUGGGAUACAUCAACCCGCUCUCCUACGCAUUCGAGGCCUUGAUGGCGAACGAGUUUCACGGCCGCACGUUUCAGUGCAGCGGCCUUGUCCCUUCUGGGUCUGUAUACGGUGAUCUUCCCAUCAGUGGCCGGACAUGUGCUGUUGUCGGGGCUGUUCUCGGAUCGGACUUGGUCGAUGGCGACCGAUACAUCGAGCAGUCUUUCGGGUAUUUCAACAGCCACAAGUGGAGGAACGUUGGGAUUCUCUGCGGCUACAUUGUCUUCUUCUUUAUCACCUACAUCGUCGCCGCGGAAUUUGCCAAGCCACCCAAAAGUGAGGGUGAAGUCCUGGUAUUUCGACGCGGCAAGAUGCCAGCUGGGCUUGCUGAGAAGGCACGAUCGGACGAGGAGCAUCAAACAAGAGAGAUCGCUGUGACUGAAAAAGUGCAUUCCCUUCCUGUAGAGAAGCGACCAUCGAAUGAGAGGCCAAGGCCUAGCGCUUGCGGAAAGCCUAUCUUCCACUGGGAAGACAUCUGUUACGAUGUCAAGAUCAAGGGGCAAGACAGACGCAUUCUGGAUCACAUCGAUGGAUGGGUGCAACCCGGCGUCAUUACUGCGCUCAUGGGUGCAUCUGGUGCAGGUAAAACUACGCUUCUCGAUGCUCUGGCCACGCGCGUGACUAUGGGCAUUCUGUCUGGAGACACUAUGGUCAACGGUCAGCCUACCGACAAGUCCUUUCCCCACCGAGUUGGGUACGUCCAGCAGCAGGACGUCCACAUGGAUACGAUGACUGUUCGAGAAGCUCUCCAAUUCAGUGCAUUGUUGAGGCAGAGUGCAGAGAUCCCCCGCUCAGAAAAGUUGGAAUACAUCGACGAGGUCAUUGAUCUGCUUGACAUGGGCGACUUUGUGGACGCAGUGAUCGGCGUCCCCGGACAAGGUCUAAAUGUCGAACAACGCAAGCGUCUUACGAUUGGUGUCGAACUUGCGGCGCGUCCGCAACUUCUUGUUUUCCUCGAUGAACCUACAUCUGGACUCGACUCACAGACUUCCUGGGCUAUUUGCGAUCUUAUCGAGAAACUUGCGAAAAGCGGCCAGGCGGUCCUCUGCACUAUCCAUCAGCCGUCAGCGAUGUUAUUUUCACGCUUCGACAGGCUGCUUCUGCUUCAGCGGGGUGGAAAGACGGUUUACUUUGGAGACAUAGGCACGAAUGCCAGAACUAUGAUCGACUACCUGGAGCGCAACGGGGCUCCUCCCUGUCCCGUGGAUGGGAACCCGGCCGAGUGGAUGCUCAAGGUCACAACGCUUUCUGACGAUGGGCCGAAUUGGUUCGACAUCUGGCGGUCCUCUCCGGAAUAUCACGACGUCAAGGACGAACUUGGCCUACUCCGGCAGCUAUCGACAGGGCAAGGCUCAGGAAACGAUUCGGCUUCACACCACGAGUUCGUCGCUUCCUUCUGGACACAAUUUGUGCAGGUCUUCUCGCGCACUGCAAAGCACUUUUGGCGGUCGCCGGUGUACAUCUGGUCAAAACUGACUCUCACGGUAUUGCUUGCGCUCUACAUCGGGUUCACAUUCAAGUCGGACAACAGCCUCCAGGGAUUGCAAAACCAGCUCUAUGCCUUCUUCAUGUGCUUGACGACGGUCAACGAGUUCAGCAAACAAGUCAUGCCCAUGUUCAUUCCUCAGAGAGCAUUGUAUGAAGUGCGAGAGAGGCCGUCAAGAGUCUACCGUUGGACAACCUACCUCUUGUCGAACGUCGUUGUUGAGAUGAUCUGGAACACCAUCGCCGCAGUCAUCUUCUUCUUCUGCUGGUACUACCCUGCAAGGUUCUUUCGAAACACCACCCCGGAUGACGUCAACAUCCGAGGCUUCACCGUUUUCCUUUUCAUCUGGAUAUUCUUCCUCUGGACGAGUACUUUCUCGCAGCUGGCCAUCGUGGCUAUUGAGACGGCCGAUCUCGCCAGCAUACCUGCCAGUCUUUUCGCCAUCCUCUGCAUGUCCUUCUGCGGCAUCGGUGUUAUCCGCGCUGACUUGCCUGCGAUAUGGAGCGAUUUGAUGUACUACGUCAGUCCGAUGACGUAUCUGGUGUCUGGUGCUCUUUCGACUUGUCUACAUGGCUCGAAGGUGGUAUGCACGGCGAAGGAAAUUGUGCAGGUGCCUGUCCCGUCCAACAUGACAUGCGGCGAAUUUCUGGGCCCGUUCGUUCAGGGGGCAGGUGGAUAUCUCGUAGACGCUGCGGCAACGGAUAUGUGCGGGUACUGUCGUAUGGCAACUACGGAUGAUUUCCUUGCACACUUCGAGAUCAAGUAUGACGAUCGCUGGAGGAAUUUUGGACUUCUCUGGGUUUAUGUUGGGUUCAAUAUCAUUGCGGCGUGCGGACUGUAUUGGCUGGCAAGAGUCCCCAAGGGACAAGGUGUGAGAAGGAAGUAG